CUUCAACAACUCAGGUAAAAUGGCUUCUUUUCACGAUGAACGAGAGUUCCGAGGUAACCAAGGUGAAGACGAAGAGUUUGAUGUGAUAUCUGUGGAACCUAUCACCAUGAUAGUGCCGUUGGAGUUGCAGGAUUUGCUCAGAACCACCACGCCGGAAAGUGGCGUUGGUUCGAGCGCGGGUGGUGGUUCUGAUGACCACCGGCCUUCAACUUCCAACGAUUUGCCUAUGGAAGAGACACCUAGUGAAGCAGAGGGUGGUGAAGAGGCUGGGUGCAGUGCGUCAAUGAUGAGUACAGCAGCAGAGGUGGUGGUGUUUGAGGGGGCGGCACUGCAUCAUGAAGUUGUAGAUGGAGCGGCCACAAUGAAGGGAGUGCGAGCUGGCCCUUUCGUAACUUACUCCCAACAGCAUAAAGUUCAUCAUAGGCUUUAUGCUGUUGUGCGAAAGGUUGGGGAUGCUUGCAAAGGCGGUGGUCUUCAGGUCGCUCUUCCUAUGUCGUUUGUGCCCGUCCACCAGUGGAACGAGAUGGCGCAGCUCACAGCACAGGAGUUCCAACUCGGCACCGAGAUCGCAUGCGAGCAGAGAGUAGAGCCUCUGCCCUCGAGUUCGAGAAAGCGCACGCGGGAGGACUUAGACGCAGAGGAUGACAUCCCCCUCAUCCGGCGGAGGAUGAGUACGGGGAAACAGCCUGCUCUAGCCGCUAUUGCGCGACCUGCCAGCGUGCCCCCAACGCCAGCUUGUGAGGUUGCCGAGCUAGCGCCUGCCUCGUCGUCUGUAGCGGGGCCACGAAUUGCAUACCCUGACGGCUUCAGCUACGUAUGGACGGACUGCCAGGCCGCGAGGCUGCAGGGUAUGCAAAACUUCGUGCCUCCUGCAGAUCGGCAAUGUGCGAAGGGGCACGUUCAGCAGUAUGGAGGACAUGCUGCUCUAAUAAAGCUGAUGGAUGUGUUCAGCUACACCGUUGCAUUCUUUGAGUGCGAGCAAGGAGCAUGGGCGCAGAACAACGAGCUCCAACAGAGCUGCAAACAACUGGCCUCUGAAAAAGCUAGUUUAACUGACAAGGUUAGCGAGUUGAGGGAAGAGCUUGACAAGGCUCAGGCAAAGAAGGAGAGUGGCAUUCAACUUGCCAAAGAGGAGGCCAGCCGUGUAGAGGAUCGGGCUAAGAAGGCGGAAUCUGAUCGAGAGAGGACUCUGCACGAGCUGAGCGCCCUGAGAGAGAAGGUCUCACAAGUCGACCAGCAUGUCGCUCGGGUUGAGAAGUCCCUAGAGAGUACUAAAAGGCUCCACCAGUGCGGCGUCUGCUUUGCUCGUGCACAAGGGACUGAGUGGCUGGUGGGAGCAGAGAUGUUCCAGGAUGCUGUAGCAGUGGCUUCAGCCAACAUCACCACGGACAUUUUCAAUGAAGUUUGUGGAAAGGUGCUAGGACUCCAAGGUGAGGCUGAAAUGGGAGCUUAAUGAGGAGGGGCUACCCGUGUGGCCCCCCUCUGUCAUUGAAGAAGGGGAGGACAUAGAGGGGUUGCCAAGCUUUGAUGCUUGGGUGGCAAACCCCCAUAAUGUGCCUGUU